GUGAAUUAUCCAGCCGCUUGCAACUCUGCUGAAACAUUGCUAUUACAUCGUGCAAUUCUUUCUACACAUUUAUCACCUAUCGUCACAUCAUUUCUAAAUGCGAAGGUUAAACUACAUGUUGAUCAAGAGACAUUUUCACAUCUUUCGUCAUUUGAUACAUCUUUUAUUCAACCAUGUAUACCAGAAGACUUUGACACUGAAUACUUGGAUCUUGAAAUUGCCAUUAGAGUUGUUGACGAUGUAGAAGCGGCUAUACAACAUAUCAAUCUACAUGGUAGUAAGCAUACGGAUGCGAUUGUUACGGAGAAUGAAGAAACCGCAAAGAGAUUUAUGCAAGGUGUUGAUGCAGCAGGCGUUUAUUGGAAUGCGAGCACCAGAUUUGCCGACGGUUUUCGAUAUGGAUUUGGUGCCGAAGUCGGG